AGUCAGCUGGACUUCAAGAUACGUAACCCUGAUGGAGGCAUAUACCAAAACUGUCUCAUCAUAAGAGAACUUGGAUUGUUGGACACAGACUGCAACAAACAGAGUUGCUCCGCCUGUCACACUACAGCGGGUAGUACCUGGACCUUGAGGAGCAUCUGUGAGGAGGAAAAGCGCAUGUACUACUUCGACCUGGUGGCCUUCCCACUCUACUUCCGAGGUUAUGGUGAAUACAUGGUGGAGAAGGUGGGCGACGUUUGGACCUGGUAUGAUAGCAUUACUAACAUCACCAAGGCUGUCUUACCUGUACAGGAACACCUUAAUUACCCCAUCGGUAGACAGACCUGGGACAUCAAGGAUCCAGUAUGUGGACAAGAAUCAGGAAAGAGGCAACUCACACUCUCACCCUGUACAGCUGGAGAAUUUACCUGUACUGACGGCACCUGUAUAUCAUUCGCUAGACGCUGUGAUCUGAAAUUUGACUGUGGUGACAAGACGGAUGAAAGCUUCUGUGAUAUUGUCAACUUUCCAGGGGACUACAGGUCUAAACUGCCUCCUAGACCAGUAUCGGAUCUAUCGCUGCCAAUAUCUGUCAACGUCUCCAUGGACACUAUCAAUAUUGACACCACCACCAUGUUGAUCUCUGUCAGCUACAACCUGCGUAUGACCUGGUUCGACAAUAGGCUUAUCG